AUGGAAUCCGAACACCGCAAAAUCGAGCUCCAAUCGCCCUCGGACCUCGCUUUCGUAACAUCUCAAAUCCGCGCCGCCGCCCGCCAAAAACUCGACUUACACCUACCCCCCGUGUCCGACGCCAGCGAGCCCGACGAGCUGCGCCGCAACGUCGAAGACCUCGUCGACGCCUUUGUCGCUCAAGUCCUGCACGGCAUGCGGCAGAACAUUAGCAUCAAUGGGCUGGACGUUGUAUCUACAUCAUCUACAUCAUCGUCAUCACAAAACGGCGGUGGCGUUGGUGUAGAAAUGCACGACGGAACUGGAACUGGAACUGGAACGGCAGAAGGAGAGUCGCUGGUUGAAACCGAAGAAUUCGAGCCGUUUGACGAGAAAACGCGUGUCCAGCUCGCAAAAGCUAUUGCAAAGCGCGAUGCGCUCAUUGCCAAGAUCAGUAAGCAUCGGCGGGCCACACCCGCGGCGGCGGCCGAGGCGUGGAAAGACAGGUUUGAGAAGGAGAACCAGGAUAUGGCCAGUUUGCUGUUGCAGCAUGAUGCUAGUAUUGGUAGUCAUGCUGUGCCAGGCGUGCAGAAUAUCCCGCGACAAGACGACGUGGCGAGGAAUUGGGAGAGAGCCGUUGACGGCUUGCAGAGACUCAACAAGGGGUUACCGGAGACGAGGGCGAGGCUCGAGAGAGCCCGUCAUGUCGUGGGGUAUUUGGAGGGCGAGUAAAUAAUGUCUUUUUGCAUAGACUGGGAGUGUGGC